CGGCAGCAGAGAGGCAUUGGUUUCGCUGCUUGAUCCACAGUGCUGAAACGGAGACCGCACGCCGCCGCCCGGCUGGCUUGACGCAACCAUAUCUACCUGCCCUUUCGCCCCCCUCUCCCCAGCUUUCUACCUGACUUACCAUCACCAUCAACACACCCCACAUUCAGCGAUUUACCAUUUCCUCAAUUCCUCACCGGCUGUUUUGCGAGCUUGCAAACGUAGCGCAUCGCUGGGCGUCCGGCGAAUUCACACAGAACUGCACGAUGGCGCCUCUCAUUGAGCAGGUCGCUGCAUUGGUAAAGCGAGACGACUUUUGCGGUCCCGGCCGGUAUCGUCUAGCCGAUGGCACGUGUGUCACAUAUUCCUCCUGGUACUGGUGGGGAAGAUGGGUGCUCGCGGCGAUUUUGAUCCUGUUGGCCUUCAUCAUCUUUGCUAUCCUUUUCCGCAAUUCGCGCCGCCGCAGGAGACAAGGUCAGCAGCCUUUGUACGGAACCGGCUGGAUGGCGCCCGCGCCUGCCUAUUACCCCCCGCCCCCGCAGUACUCUCAGCAGGAUCCGAACACGGGCCCUGGCGGCUACAAAUACGGCGGUCAGGCCGAUGGGUACUUCGGCGGCAACCAGGAAGGCAUCCAGCUCCAGCAGCCGGCGUCCACCUACCACCGUGGCGCCGAUAUCGACUAUGCGCCGCCUCCGGGACCUCCCCCGAACACCACCAAGUAAGAGACAUGGUUUAUAGUCGCUAGAGAGCGGGGGAAUGGAGUGUCUGGACAGGAGAGCACAUUUUCUUUUUUUUUUUUUUUUCUCUCUACAAGCGGAGGGUGGCAAAAUUCGGGAUGGCGGGAAGGCGUUACAGCGAUGCUUCGGUAUGCUCCUAGGUGGACGCGAACCUCUUUUCACGGCGCUACAGUC